AUGUUAACACUGUCCCACAUGUCGCAGCUUCUAGGCUGGCUUUACUUUUCCUGCUGGUCUUUGUCGUUUUACCCAACUAUUGUCUCUAACAUCAGACUAAAGUCAGUACAAGGGAUAUCAAUUGACUUCAUGUUUUUUAACACUGCAGGUUUUACUCUAUACUCUUUCUACACAGGGUUCCUAUGUUGCAGUGCUAGAAUCCAAUAUGAAUUUUACCUUCGCCAUGGUAAAUACCCUUUGAUCAAACUGAACGACUUCUUUUUUGGAAUUCAUGGGCUUCUCCUUAAUUUGUUGCUUAUCAGUCAGGCUUAUAUCUGGGGAUUCAAGAAAAACGAUAAUCAAAUCAUCUCCAACAUAUGCAAGGUUGUCUAUGCUGUCUUGAUUUUGUUCGCCGUGGGGUACGCUUUAAUAAUCCAUUUCACUUACGGGAAACGGUAUUGGAUUGAUCUUCUCACAUCGUUGGGUAUGGCCAAAAUAUUCAUGAGUGUGUGCAAAAACAUUCCACAAGCUGUUUACAAUUACAACCGAAAGUCAACACAUGGCUGGCCUAUUCAAAUGGUAUGGCUUGAUUUUGCUGGUGCAGUGUUCUCUUUUUCGCAGCUUUUCUUGGAUGCCUAUGUCGCUGGCGACGUAAAGAGCAUCUUCAACAAUCUGCCAAAGUUCUUGUUGAGUAUGGAAGUUGCCUUAGCAGACGUGGUAUUUUUUACCCAGCACUAUUUCUUAUACUAUCAGAGAGACAGCGAACGUUAUGGUCUAUCUAAGUCAUUUAAUUCAUACAGCGCAAUAUUAGAAGAGGAUCAAAGUUUCCUACGAGAGCAUCAACAUGACCACGAUCAUGAGUCUUUCCACAACAUUCACUGCACUGUAAGUCCGAUUGAUAAAGACGAACUUCAACGUCUAAUACCUUAA